UCAAGUAACUUCCCACUGAACAAGUCUCCCAUCUUCCCCUUCUCUCCCCCGCCUUUUCUUUCCUUUUCCUCUGCUGCUGAGAUAGCACCCCUUAACCUUUACGUGCUUCAUCACCCAACACACGCAACCACCAAAAAUAUAUCUCCUUUGUUCGUCGUUCUUCACGUUCUGGAAUUCCUGGGAUUUUAGUUUCUGAAGCACUGAACUGAGUCGGCGAUGGAAGCAGACAGCUCCGAAUUGGGUUCUGAAACGGUCCCGGACGUGGCUCUCCUUGAACCGGCUUCCGAGAAGGAGGAGCGCAUUUUGAGAGUGCAGAUUGAUACUUCGGCUCCCUUCGAAUCCGUGAAGGAGGCCGUCACCCGAUUUGAGGGUCUUGGCGUCUGGACAUCCAUCCAUGAUAAUCUGUCCACUCUUGAGCAGCAGGAAGCACCAGAGCAUGACACUGGGAAGCUAGAGGAGGAAGCAGCAGUAUUGGAGAAAGAACUGAUCGUGAAAGAAAAGGAAACUCUGGAUGUCUUGAAAGAACUGGAAAGCACCAAAAGGCUCGUUGAAGAUUUAAAAUCAAGGCUGCAAAAGGAAGAAUGUGAAGCCUAUUUGAAGAACAAAGAAGAAGAUAAGGAGAACCAAGUUAAUCAAUUGGACACGUUGAACCGAGGCUUUAGUCCCUACCUUUCAUCUGAACCAGGUCUGAUAUUAAUGGAGCUGAAGCAGGCCAAGUUGAACUUAACCAAAACUACAAAUGAUAUAGCUGAUGUACGAGCUUCUGUUGUAUCGCUUAAUAAGAAGCUAAAGACGGAAAGAGCCUCACUCGAGAGAACCCGUGAGAGGUUAACUCACAGUUCUUCAAAAUUAUCUUCUCUUGAGGAAGAGUUGAGCCAGACAAGAUUAAAACUUCAAGCUGCAAAAGAUGAUCCGUCAGAUAUCACAAAAGAGCUCCACAGGUUGUGUUCUGAGGCAGAACAAUUCAAAAGAAUGGGAGAAGCUGCAAAAUCGGAAGUCUUGAGAACGAUGUCUGAGAUUGAACGGACAAAAAGCAUGAUAAGGACCGCUGAAUUAAGAGUGGUUGCUGCUAGGAAGAUGAAGGCGGCUGCUAGGGCUGCAGAAUCAGCUUCCUUAGCAGAAAUUAAUGUCCUAUCUAAUAAUCUCACGGAUUCUUCUCAAGUGGUAACUCUCUCAUUUGAAGAGUAUCAUGCUCUAACAUCUAAAGCUCUAGAAGCAGAGGAAAGCUCGAAGAGGAAAGUUACAGAUGCAAUGCUUCAAAUUGAUGAAGCCAAUUUAUCAAAAACGGAGAUCCUGAAAAGGGUGGAGGAGGCCACAAAAGAAGUUCAGACUUGCAAGAAAGAUUUAGAAGAAGCCAUGGAAAGAGUAGGGGCUGCAAAUAGAGGGAAGCUAGCAGUUGAAGAGGCCUUAAGGAAGGGUCACAAAAGAAGGCCUUCUUCUGCACGUAACUCAACCAGGUUCAAAAAUUCCCACCCUUCAUCUCAUCAUCGAAGAGAUUCUCUGUUAGUUGGUGUAAAUGGACUGGAACUGGAAGAUGAUGAAGCCAAACGAGAUGUUCCAAAGACAGUUUUAUCAAUAGGAGAAAUACUGAGCAGGAAGCUGCUUCUUUCACGAGAGUUUGAAGCAGGAUCGCUGGGUCACAUGCUUGGAAAGCAAAAGGAAGAUUCAUACUUCUGUAAGCAGUUUUGUGCAAAGAGAAAGAAAUUCGGGUUUGCUCGAUUGUCACAUCUUUUGGGAAAUGACCAGAAGAAAAAGAAGCCAACUCUGAAUUUGAGGUGAUGCGGCUUCCAUCAAGUCCAUAGAAAUGCGCCUGCUUUGCUAGUAACUUAUUUGUUGUUCGUUAAUUAUUUGGUUGAAGUCCGAGUUUAUGUAUUACCUAAUUAGAAGAUGUCAAACUAGUUGUAGAUAUGAUUGAUAUGGAUUUAUUUGUUAUAAGCAGUUACGAAACAAUGUGCAAGUAUGAGCAAACCUAGCUUGACAUGGGAAGUUCUUCC